AUGAAGCCGAAAGAAUGCCCUGAGGACAACAAUCGGCCCAAGAAGAUCUCCCAGAAGAUUUUUCGCGCCGCUCAAAAUGAAAAGAAAACGGUCGAGUGCGCAGGUGAGAGCAAUUAUAUCCGACGGCAACUUGGGCAUUUCUGGAUUAUGCUUUCACAAGACGCGUCCAACCGCUUCUUCUCCAUUUUCGGAACAAUGCUACUCCAAAGGCAUUUCGAAAAGAAAACUCAAGGUUGUCGAGAAACUUCAGAAAGUUUCCUUACCUUUUUAUGAAGAGCCGCACCGAGUUCAGAUCCAAACAUUCUGCAAAGCUCUAUCUGGGACAAGAAAGCAUAGAGUAUUAAAGGAUAAUCUGCCGGAGGUCGGGUGAAAGUUGACGUUUCACGGAGGCGCUCAACCGAACAAAGCCAGCGCAGAUUUCUUUUGUACUUCCAGCGAAGCCGUUUCAUAUCUUCUUCUUCCUGUACCAGAAAAAAGGAUGCGUUGUUUGCCGAGGCAGGAACUACGUGAACAGAACAGUCAUUUCUAAAGUGGAGAUGGAAGCAAGCGAGAAGACGUCGCUGCUGACAGCGAGAGCGAUGGUGACACAAAAGAAGCCGUCCUACGUCGUGGGAAUCAUGUUCUGCAUAGCCGAGGUGACGUCUUCUCACAAUCAGGAGAUUCUCCAAGUUUCAGCUGUCGAUGGCGGCCUGCACGGCUGUUUUCGGACUUUUUCUCACACUUGACACCACGACGACUGGUUUUUCUCUUGCCCACUCUGUUAACCUCGAAGAUAACGACUUUUUUGAUAAAUCUGACAAAUUGGUUAUGAUGUUUUGGAUGAUAGAAAAAAAUAAAUAUAUUUUCAGUCUUCUCAUAAUGCCAACCAUAUUGUCUUAGUUAUCGUGGUCUGCUCGUUUAUCAUCAUUUUGACCAAAGCAAUCACUAUUCAUCAGGUUUGUUAGCUCCCUCGUUUAAAAAAGAUAAAAUUUUGCAGAUAUUUUUUUAUGAAGUGUCCCUUGUUUGCAAUAUUUUCGGCACGAUAACUUCCACCAUCAUUUUCAUUCUCGUCUUUUCUUGCUCAGGUCUCUCUUUCUUUUCCUAACCUCCAUAAUUAAUCGACAGUCUAUGUCUUUAUGGAUUCCUUGAAUCAUCCCAAUGACAAGCUGGGAGUUAGCCACGACCGACUGAAGUCUUUCGUGAAGAUCAUGACGAGAGUCAUCAACGAGACCAACACCAAGGAGUACUGGGGCGAGUUCCACGAAGAACUUUCACGCAUACAUACUACGGCAAGUUGUGUCCCGAUUUCCACUUCUCAGCAACUGAAUUGAAGCUAGGCUGUUGUGGAUUCGAGAGUGUCGACGACUACCACAAAGUCAAUCCAAUAAACACAUACAACGUCAAUAACCUUGAGGUUUUUACAGAGACUUUUUUUACCGAUAAAUAAUAUGUUUUAUUAUGAGACAGAUCUUUUGAAUAAAGAAAAAAAUCAUAUUUAUUUGAAAAAGUGUGCCCGCUUGAACUCCUUCAUCCCUUCGUGAAAAAUUUUUUUACAGAGUUCUAAAACUGGCUUCUUAAUUUUACAUCUUGAAAAAAUUGCGGGACUGUGUUCAGUUUUUUUUUUUUGAAUUAAUAAAACUUGCGCGUCUUGCACUUAUUCCGAUAACUUGUAAACCUCUUACCUUACUGGUUCUUAAGGAGUGUUUUGAAUCACUAUUUGUUUCUAAUAAGGACUGCAACGCGAAAAAAGAGGCAGAUAUGUCUCUUUCAAUGUAAGUUUCGUUUUAGUAAAUGAAAGGUAGAAAAUCUAUAAAAGUUGUUGAAAUUGUGAAACGAAAAAAAUUUAAUAAAAAGAUAUUUUAUUUGAGAAACCACCGUUCGGCAUCGCCCUCGAAUGGUCGACACCGAUCAAUGGCUCCUUCAAAAACCGAGUCCCGCCAUUCUGCACGAUUCCACUGAAUAACGAGGAAACGAACAAGAAACCCGAGAAACUAGACAAGUGAGCAACGCGUCGAAUCUUUUGAACAAAUCCUAUUCAGAGAAAGUUGGGCUCUUGCCAUAACCUUCCAUCAAUUACCGUGCCUCCGUGUCAUCCGAGGAAAAGUCGUAACCCUAAUCUUUGGGGCCAUUAUUUACUCGUUUUUCGGUGCAAUGAUCUCUGUCAGUUACAUUAUUCGUCUUAUUACGUGGCUCCUCAAUAAAUAA